AAUCCACAGCUUGUACUCAAAAUGGCUGGAGAACAAAUAAGAUCUGUUAUUGUUGUUGCUUUCCUUCUCUUUUUGUGCCUCAACAAUAUGAUCUCUGAAACUGAUGCACAAUAUCCACUGAGGGGACUGAAGAUGGGAGGAAUGAAGGGUUCAUCAUAUGGCAGAUUGUCUUUUGAGAACAUCAAGGAGUCUGGGCCAAGCCCUCUUGGUCCGGGACACAAACGUAGAAGCGCACCGCAUGAGGAUGGUCGUCAAGACCCUGGUCCGAGCCGGGAAGUGGGACUUGGACAGGAUGAAUUAAACGGCAGGCAUCACUAGUGUACCCUCAAGAUUCUCCAUCACUUCUUCCUUUGUUUAUUUUGUGAUAUAUAAUUUGUCAUGAAUCACCCAACUCAAGGUGAUGAUAAUAAAACUCCCCACCCCAA